AUGCUGCCUGUGUCCCCGGAGGUGAAGACCAACCCACUGCAGAAGGCGAACUUCUGCUCACGCCUGUUUGUCUGGUGGCUAAACCCCUUGUUUAAAAUUGGUCACAAACAGAAAUUAGAACCAGAUGACAUGUACUCAGUGCUUCCAGAAGAUCGCUCCCAGCACCUUGGAGAAGAGCUGCAAGGGUACUGGGAUCAGGAAGUUAAGAGAGCCCAGAAGGACACAGAGGAGCCUUCCUUAAUGAAAGCAAUCGUAAAGUGUUACUGGAAAUCCUAUUUAAUUUGGGGAUUGUUUACGUUUCUUGAGGAAGGCACCAGAGUUGUUCAACCCAUAUUUUUGGGGAAAAUGAUUAGUUAUGUUGAAAACUAUGAUCCCACCGAUUCUGCUGCUUUGCAUGAAGCCUAUGGCUAUGUGGCAGGUCUGAGUGCCUGCGUGUUCCUGUGGGCCAUUCUGCACCACUUGUACUUCUAUCACAUUCAGCGUGUGGGGAUGAGGCUGAGAGUAGCCGUGUGCCAUAUGAUUUACCGCAAGUCACUUCGCCUGAGCAGCUCGGCCAUGGGGAAGACCACCACAGGCCAGAUAGUCAACCUGCUGUCCAACGAUGUGAGCAGGUUUGACCAGGUAACGAUGUUCCUGCACUAUCUGUGGGUGGGGCCACUGCAGGCUGUUACAGUGACUGCCCUGCUCUGGAUGGAAAUAGGAAUGUCGUGUCUUGCUGGGAUGGCAGUUCUCAUUAUUCUUCUGCUUUUGCAAAGCUGCUUUGGAAAGUUCUUUUCAUCACUCCGGAGUAAGACCGCAGCUCUCACAGACAACAGGAUCAGUACCAUGAGUGAAGUUAUAAGUGGCAUCAAAACAAUAAAAAUGAAUGCUUGGGAAAAGUCGUUUAUAGACCUUAUUUCCACUCUGAGAAGGAAGGAAAUUUCCAAGAUUCUGAAAAGUUCCUACCUUAGAGGAAUGAAUUUAGCAUCAUUUUUCGCUGUCAGCAAAAUUAUGAUUUUUGUCACUUUCAUCACCAAUGAUCUCCUUGACAACCGGAUCACAGCCAGCCAAGUGUUUGUAGUGGUGACACUGUUCGAGGCUCUGCGGUUUUCGAGUACCCUGUACUUCCCCAUGGCUGUCGAGAAGGUGUCAGAGGCCGUUGUCAGCAUCCAAAGAAUCGAGAACUUCCUAUUACUUGAUGAGAUACCACAGCUCAACCUUCAGCUGCCAUCAGAUGGUGAAACGAUAGUGGAUAUGAACGAUUUCACUGCUUCUUGGCAUAAGGCAUCAGAGACCCCAACCCUACAAGACCUUUUCUUUACUGCCAGACCUGGUGAACUGUUAGCUGUGGUUGGACCUGUGGGUGCAGGAAAGUCGUCACUGUUACGCGCUGUGCUGGGGGAGCUGCCCCGGAGCCAGGGGAAGGUCUGUGUGCAUGGGAGGAUCGCGUAUGUUUCUCAGCAGCCCUGGGUGUUCUCAGGAACUGUGAGGAGUAACAUUUUAUUUGGGAAGAAAUAUAAAAAAGACCGAUAUGAAGAAGUAAUAAAGGCUUGUGCUUUGGGAGAGGAUUUACAGCUUCUGGAGGAUGGAGAUCAAACUGUGAUAGGAGAAAGAGGAACCCCACUGAGUGAAGGACAAAAAGCCCGGGUCAGCCUCGCCAGAGCCGUGUAUCAGGAUGCAGACAUCUACCUCCUGGAUGAUCCAUUCAGUGCAGUGGACGUAGAAGUCAGCAGGCACUUGUUUGAACAGUGUAUCUGUCAAGCCUUGAGGGAGAAGAUCACAAUCUUAGUGACUCAUCAGUGGCAAUACCUAAAAGCUGCAAGUUGGAUUAUGAUAUUGAAAGGUGGCAAAAUAGUACAAUGUGGGACUUAUAUUGAGCUCCUGAAAUCUGGGGUAGAUUUUGAUUUCCUUUUAAAGAGGAAUGAGGAAGAACCAUCUCCAGAUCUGGAAUCUUCUGCCCUGAAGAAUCAGUCCAGACCCUUGAUGAGAGGUGCUGCCCCAGAGCUCCAAGAUGCUGAGAAUAUAGAGGUCACACUUCCUCUAGAGGACCGUUUGGAAGGAAAAGUUGGUAUUAAGACCUACAACAAUUACAUCACAGCCAGUGCUCAAUGGUUUAUCAUCAUUUUCCUUAUUCUAGUGAACAUCGCAGCUCAGGUCGCCUAUACCCUGCAGGACUGGUGGCUUGCGUACUGGGCAAAGUUACAAAGUGCCCUGUAUUUUGGGGUAUAUGGAAAAGAAGAGAUAUUUGUGAUGCUUGAUCUGAACUGGUAUUUAGGAGUCUAUUCAGGGUUAACUUUUUCUACUGUCCUUUUUGGCAUCACAAGGUCUUUGUUGAUUUUCUACGUCCUUGUUAACUCUUCACAAACUUUGCAUAACAAAAUGUUGUGUUCCGUUUUGAAAGCUCCAGUAUUGUUCUUCUAUAGAAAUCCAAUAGGAAGGAUUUUAAAUCGCUUCUUAAAAGACCUUGGGCAUAUGGAUGACUUGCUGCCCCUGAUAUUUCAAGAUUUCAUCCAGACAUUUCUUCUUGUGAUUGGUGUGGUGGGUGUGAUGGUGGCUGCGAUUCCUUGGAUUGCUAUACCUGUGAUUCUGCUUGGCAUCAUUUUCUUUGUUCUCCGGUGGUAUUUCUUAAGGACGUCACAAGAUGUGAAACGCCUGGAAUGUACAACACGGAGCCCAGUGUUUUCCCACUUAGCAUCUUCUCUGCGGGGACUCUGGACCAUCCGGGCAUACAAAGCUGAACAGAGGUUUCAGGAGCUGUUCGAUGCAUAUCAGGAUUUGCACUCAGAGGCUUGGUUCCUGCUUUUGACGACAUCCCGAUGGCUUGCUGUGUAUCUAGAUGUCAUCUGUGCCAUCUUUGUCACUGUUGUUGCCUUUGGGGCCCUGAUUCUGGUAGAAACUUUGGAUCGCGGGCAGGUUGGCCUGGUGCUGUCUCUCACCGUCACACUCACGGGGAUGUUCCAGUGGUGCGUCAGGCAAAGUGCUGAAGUGGAGAAUAUGAUGAUUUCAGUAGAAAGAGUGAUUGAAUAUACAGACCUUAAGAAAGAAGCGCCCUGGGAAUAUGAGUAUCGUCCACCACCAUCCUGGCCCUAUGGAGGAGAGAUUUACUUUCAUUAUAUUAACUUCAGGUACAGCUUUGAUGGGCCUCUGGUAUUGAAGAACCUGGACACGCUCAUUGACCCAAGAGAAAAGCUUGGCAUUGUAGGAAGAACAGGGGCUGGAAAAAGUUCCCUCAUUGCUGCCCUUUUUAGAUUGUCAGAACCUGAAGGUACCAUUUACAUUGAUGGCAUCUUGACAACAAGUAUUGGACUUCACGAUUUAAGGAAGAAAAUGUCAGUUGUACCUCAGGAACCUGUUUUAUUCAUUGGAACAAUGAGGAAAAAUUUGGAUCCCUUUAAUGAGUAUUUGGAGGAGGAACUGUGGAAUGUCUUAGAAGAGGUACAACUUAAAGAAGCCAUUGAAGCUCUUCCUAGUGAAAUGAAUACUGAAUUAGCAGAAUCAGGAUUGAAUUUGAGUGUUGGACAGAGACAACUAGUAUGCCUUGCUAGAGCUAUUCUCAGGAAAAAUCAGAUACUGAUUCUUGACAAAGCCACAUCCAAUGUGGAUCCAAGAACUGAUGAGUUAAUACAAAAAAAAAUUCAUGAGAAAUUUGCCCAGUGCACUGUGCUAACCAUCACACAAAGGUUGAGUACCAUUAUUGACUAUAAACGGAUACUGGUUUUGGAUUCAGGGACAAUUAAAGAAUAUAGUCCACCACAUGAUUUGCUGCAAAACAGUAAUAGCCUAUUUUACAAGAUGGUGCAACAACUGGGUGAGGCUGAGGUCACUGCCCUCACUGAAAGAGCCAAACAGGCGCACACCGAAAAGAAAUAA